UACCCAGAUUGAAGGGUAACAUUGAGAUGACUUCACACCAGUGCGUAAAGUUUGCAAAGCAAACCUCCUUGUGUAAGUUAGUUGUGUAACAAAACGUAGCCACGGUGAGGCGCGGGUUAAAUCUUCUUCUUCUCGGAAGUUUGACUUUGCGUAAUCGAACUGAAUUCGAUAAACAAAAGUUCUCCCUUCCUCCUCUCCUCUCUACUUGUCAGUCCUCCUGAGAACUGAUAUGUUGUGUCGUGCAGGAGCUGCAACUGAGAGCGCACUCCUGCUUUUUAGCCACAAUUUGCACGCAAUUCAUCAUAAUCUAAUGUAUCUUUGAUUUAAUCACAGGAUUCUUUUAUUUUUUCUGUUUCGUUGCCAUGGCAAAAUUGUCACUUUUAUUUUUAUUCUUUUUCAAUGGGCAACUUCCCCUCAUCUUUGGGCAGCAGCAGCAGCAGCUGCAGCAGCAGCGCGCAGCUGGCCCCUGGCGGCACCGCAUCCAGUGGGAGAACAACGGGCAGGUUUAUAGUUUGGUGAGCACUGGUUCCGAGUACAUUGCUCCGGCUCAGUCCCGGGGCCAGUCCAGGUUGUACGUUGCCGGCCGGAGGGAAAGCACCCGGAGCCGAACGCCGGAAGCGCACAGAAGAGCGACGGUUGACCGACCGGUGUCGACUGAGUCCAGACAGUUCAGGACUGAUCACAACGCGGGGACCAGAUCUACUUCUUCGGUGCGCGAUGUUAGACAGAAUGCGCCAAUUCAUGGCCGCGCGUCAGGCGCGAGACAGCAGCCAGAGCGCGCUCACCGAGCAGCAGCUGCGGGCCAUCUGGGCGCACGUCGCUUUAACAAUGAACACGCCAUCGCCAUCAAUGCCUCUGCGCAGGGGAGGCUCACCGAUUUCGCGGGCACGAGAGGAGGUGACGGUAGGGGUGCUGCCGCGCUGCACACCAGAGGAGGAGAUCCGGGACCCGGUGCGCAGGACCAACAGUUACGCGCGGUGCCAGAGGCGAUGGCUGUCUCCAGGCAACAUGCGCAGACGAAUCAAGGCCGCUCAAUGUAUCCAACAACUCUGGAACGGGAAUCUGAGGCCCAUGCUGCAUCCCCUGCACUGAGAGAUGAUGAUUCCAACGGCAAUGGAGAGGACAUGGUUAAUGACGACCCUAGAAACCCGUUUAAAAACCACAUGAAUUCGGUUUUCUACAACUCCUACCCCGCAAGAGGGAGGUCAGUGACCCGCACGCGUCGUCCCUCUGGCACAGGAUAUGGAACAAGAUAUUUCCAAAAUGGACUUCCAGACCUCAUACCAGACCCGUAUGCUAUCCAGGCCGGUGCUUAUAUCCAACGCAUGCAGAUGUUUGCUCUCCGCUGUGCCGCUGAGGAGAACUGUCUCGCCAGGUCGGCUUACGGACCUGCCGUGAGAGACAUCGACUUCAGAGUCCUGCUGCGGUUCCCACAGAAAGUAAAGAACCAAGGCACCACUGACUUCCUUCCAGUCAAGCCGAGGUAUCAGUGGGAUUGGCACAGCUGUCACCAACACUUCCACAGCAUGGAGGCCUUCAGUAACUACGACCUGCUGGACAUCACCACUGAAAGGAAAGUUGCAGAGGGUCACAAGGCCAGUUUUUGCCUGGAGGACACCGGCUGUGACCCCGGAUUCAGGCGGCGCUACGCCUGCACGUCUCACACACAGGGACUGAGUCCGGGCUGCCACGACACCUACGCUGCAAACAUCGACUGUCAGUGGAUCGACAUUACGGACGUACCUCCAGGAAACUACAUCCUGAAGGUUACUGUCAAUCCCAAUUUCCACGUCCUGGAGUCAGACUUCACCAACAACGUAGUGAGAUGUGAUAUCAUAUACACAGGAACUUAUGUCCAGACACGCAACUGUCGGGUAUCAAGAGGGUGAAAUCUUCCAUUUGAACCAACAUCUCUACCAGGUCAGCGCAGCAUCGACUCUACGACUAACAAAACGUGGGUAAAGUGUUUAAUCGAAACUGUGUGCUGCACCACAGAUGUGCUAUAGUCUAAUAUUUCAUGUACUGCAAAUAAAUUCAAACGUUUACACGUAUUUGGUACAUCAAACUAGUGAUAACGACAUUUACUUGAUUAUGUAUUUCUACCAAAGUGCCUUAAGUCGUGAUGUACUGUGUCCAGAUACAUUUUCCUUGAACGCUGGUUAUUGCUUAGAUUGUUGCCUCACGUUGUCUUUGUCUUGUUUGUCUUUUUUUUGCUAUUAUGUGUUCCGUUUUCUUUAUUUUCGUUAUUGUCAAUAAAUCAUUAACACAUUAAAGUCCCCUGCGGGGCCCAGCUAGCUGAUGGGCCGAGGAGUGAGGUAGUCUGGGUCAAGUAAAGGCAGAAAGGGGGUGAUUCCACGGCCCUUAGUGUCACAAGACUUCAGAAGACUUCUCUGGGGAUAGGACAACUUUCACCUUCAGCUAAAUGGAUCUCUGUAUGCGUUGACAAUAUGAAAAAUGCAGAAUAUCACUCACCCUUGAAUCACUUUGUGGUCACAUCAACAAAUUGCAAAUAAUCUCAUUUUAUGUUGAAUAGAAUGUGUAGUUUGCUGGGGAAUAUAUGCUUUGUGUAUAACUGAGUGAAUGAAAAAUAAAUGGGGGAAUCAGUUUUGUAAAAAUGUUAA